CUCAAACUGCGAUUCUCGUGUAUGAUGGACCUGUACCGGUACCCAAUGGACGCCCAGGUGUGCGGCAUAGAGUUGGCCUCAUUUUCUAAGACGACAACUGAGCUCAACCUAAAGUGGUCGGACAUAUCACCCGUGAAACUGUACGACAAACUAAAAUUACCCCAAUUUCUCAUCACUAAUACCACCACAAGUCUGUGUAAAGAGACCUUUCAUAUCGGUGAAUACAGUUGUCUUAAGGCCGAGUUCUACCUCCAGAGAGCACUGGGGUAUCAUUUGGUGCAGUCAUACCUACCGACUAUACUAAUAGUAGUCAUAUCGUGGGUGUCAUUCUGGCUGGACGUGGAGGCCAUACCGGCCCGCAUAACGCUAGGCGUGACCACCUUGCUUACUAUCUCAUCGAAAGGCUAUAAUUUACCCCCGGUUUCGUACGCCAAAGCUAUUGACGUAUGGAUGGGCGCCUGUACUACAUUCGUAUUCUCGGCACUACUGGAGUUCACCUUGGUCAAUUAUUUAUGGCGUAUCAAUAAGUUUGAACCCAAACCUCCCAAACCUAACAAUCUGUGCCAAGAGCGGAAAGGUAUCGAUUCGGUGUCCAACUGUUUAGACAAAAAACUUUUGGCAGUCGUGUCGGAGGAGGUGGAGCCGCGAGACAACUCAGCAUUGGGUGACCAGAGCGCCGGUACCCCUGAAAAGAUUGACAUUAUAAGCCGUGUCAUGUUUCCCAUACUUUUCUUGGUGUUUAACCUAAUCUAUUGGCCCUAUUAUUUGAUAUUAAUAGCGCCGUAAGCCGCUAAAUCACUCGGGUAGUUAUCAUUGU